AUGUGUAUAAGAAUAUCAAACAAUGACAGGAAUGAUAGUCCUGGAACAGACGGCAGUGUUUCUCCAGAACCACCCGACCGACCUCCCGGCAAGGUGCGGCAGGUUCAUCCUGAACAAAAAAACCAAGUAUUAGCCUAUGACUCUUCAUAUCGAAAGAACGGCAAGCCAAAGUCCCUUCCUCUAGAAGACAAUCAGAUGUACAACCACCUAGCUAACGCCAAUGUCGCGAUGUCGCCGAUGUAUCCCCUUACUCCGAAUAUUUGCGUGGAGGGCGGUAAAAUCGAGUUUAUAAAGUCGCCAUCUGGCAGUGCUAGGAACAGUCUGGCGUUGUCCCCGCCACAGACGCCGCUAGUGGCGCGCCGCGGAUCAAGAGAGAAACACGACUUCAGAACCUGUGUUGACGAGUCGGAGAAGUUCGACGGAGAUAAGGAACUUCUCGAAAAACGUAUAAAGCAACUCGAAGACCAGCUCGAAGAAGAGAAGAGAAGGACUCAGAGGGAGAGGAUGGCUGUGACGAAACUACAGAACAAGCUUAUAAAGUCUCAAGUCGGGCUUCCUAAAAACAACAUUAUGGUCGUUUUCAACAAAGCGCGUCGUGCAAAGUUCGCGAAAGAUAUGUUUUCUAUGAAGACACUUAAGAAACGGCUUCCCAUAAUACAAUGGCUACCAACAUACAAUUACGUCUUGUUGAUUCAAGAUAUUAUAGCUGGAAUAACAGUCGGAUUGACGGCAAUACCUCAAGGUAUUGCUUACGCAGUGGUCGCAGGUUUGUCACCAGAAUACGGUUUAUACGCGGGAUUGACUGGAGGAUUUGUGUACCUUUUUGUGGGAAGCUGCAAAGACAUCACAGUUGGACCUACAGCUAUCAUGUCGGCUGUUGUAGCAAAGUACGUAGCCAAUUACUCAUCUGAAUUUGCUGUAUUAGCCGCGUUCCUAACCGGAGUAGUCAUUAUAAUAAUGGGUAUGCUGAACCUUGGAUUCCUAGUGGAGUUCAUAUCUAUACCAGUCAUCAGUGGAUUUACGUCUGCAGCAGCAUUGCAAAUAGCAUCAGCUCAGUUAAAAUCUCUCUUUGGUCUCGAUGGAUCCGCUGGUCACUAUUUUUCUGAGUCAGUAAUUAAUUUUUUUAAGAACAUCACGACUUUUGUUUACUGGGAUUCGGCUUUGGGUUUAAUCACUAUAUUAAUAUUGGUGUUGUUGAAACGCCUUGGAGAUGGAUGUAGUCGCACGGAUCCCUUGGCUAAGCAGAUCAGAUGGUUCAUAUCUCUCGCAAAGAAUGCUGUUGUUGUCAUAUUUGGUAUGGCUGUGGCGUAUAUCAUUAAGGUAUCUACAGGUACCGAACCGAUCAAAUUGAUUGGAGAAAUCGGCAGUGGGUUCCCUAAGAUAGAACCACCGCCAUUCAGCGCUGUUGUUGGCAAUCAGACAUAUGCAUUUACCGAUAUGUUAAAAGUUUUAGGACCUGAAUCUAUCAUUCUACCAAUGGUUUCUAUAUUAGAGCUGGUUGCAAUCGCUAAAGCCUUCGCUGCUGGCGGUCAGAUUGAUGCUACUCAAGAAAUGAUUGCCCUUGGAUUAUGCAAUAUGAUCGGCUCCUUUGUGAAGAGUAUGCCUGUGUCUGGAUCUUUUACUCGCACGGCUCUGAACAAUGCUUCAGGUGUCCAAACACCACUGGGUGGAAUUUUUACUGCUGGGCUUUUAAUUCUGGCUUUAAGUUUACUCACGAAAACGUUUUACUACAUUCCUAAACCGUCUUUAGCGGGGUUGAUUAUAACCGCUAUGUUUUACAUGAUAGAUUUCAAAAUAGUAAUCCGAUUGUGGAAGACUAGUAAAAAAGAAUUUUUUGUAUAUAUUGCAACAUGGCUAGCUAGUUUAUUGUAUGGACUAGAAUAUGGCAUACUGACUGGCAUAUUGGCUGAUGCUUUGAUACUCCUGUUUGCAACUGCAAGACCUGCGUGUGAAAUGACUACUAUUGCUGGAGAUAAAAAGACGAUGAUAGUGAUAUCGUUGCCAGAAAAUUUGUCGUACUGUGCAGCUGAACAUGUCCGAAGGAAAAUAUUAAAAGCCGCGCUCGAAAGCCACUGCGUUACAAGCCUGCAGAUUGUCGUUAACGGGACAAAUCUAAGAAUCAUGGAUUCAACGGUUGCAUCAAACUUAAUGUCCAUAGUUAAAGAUUUGGACAAAGACUUUAACAUAGUGUUCCUGAAUUUCAACAGCAAUUUACAAAAGAUGUGCAAUAAUAUUAAUGAUAAGUACAGUCAUAUAUUUGUGACAGAUGUCAACGUGGAUGGCAUCUUCAAAGUGAAACAAAGCCCUGCCUAA